CAUCCUGAAUUUUUACUUGUCCGACUGCUGGAUAUUUCUUGGAUCAGUUCCUUGUGCGUGGAGACUGGUGAGGAAAGAAUCCAAGGAAUGCCAGUUUUCACCCAGGAGUGCUCCGUGGACACUGAACUCAUGGCUAUCUCAAACAAUGUUACAGAAUUCAUUCUGUUGGGACUGACCCAGGAUCCAGAGAAGCAGAAGGUCAUCUUUGCUGUCUUCUUGAUAUUUUACUUGGCUACCCUGUUUGGAAACUUCCUCAUUGUCGUGACUAUCAAGACUAGCCCUACUCUUGAAUCCCCUAUGUACUAUUUCCUGACCUAUUUGUCAUUUUCAGAUGCCUGUUUCUCCUCUACCACUGCCCCCAAACUGAUUGUAGACUCUCUCUCAGACAAGAAGACCAUCACUUUUGGGGGCUGCAUGACACAACUCUUCUCAGCCCAUUUCUUCGGCUGCAUGGAAAUCCUGGUCCUCAUCCUGAUGGCCUACGACCGCUACGUGGCCAUCUGCAAGCCCCUCCUCUAUACCACCAUCAUGAAUCAGCAUCUGUGUGGCGUUCUGGUGGGCUUAGCCUGGGUAGGGUCUUUCUUGCAUUCUACUGCCCAGCUUUUCCUCACCCUGAGCCUACCAUUCUGUGGUCCCAAUGUGAUCGAUCAUUAUUUCUGUGAUGUGCAACCCUUGAUGAAACUCGCCUGCUCCGAUACUCACUUGGCAAACCUGUUGUUUGUUUCCAACAGUGGGGCCAUCUGUACCUCGAGUUUUGUAGUACUCAUGGCAUCCUACGUGGUCAUCUUGUACUCUCUGAGGUCUAAGGGGGCUGAAGGGAGACGUAAAGCCCUGUCCACCUGCAGCUCCCAUAUUCUCGUGGUCACCUUAUUCUUCGGUCCCUGUAUAUUCAUAUACACCCGGCCCCAGACCACCUUCUCUGUGGAUAAAUCUGUGUCAGUCUUUUAUACAAUCGUUACUCCCUUGGUUAACCCUUUGAUCUACACUCUGAGGACCACAGAGGUGAAAUAUGCCAUGGGAAAGCUAUGGAACCGAAAAGUGAUUCCUGGGAAGUUAUUAGGAAGAUUUUGAAGAAGGGAAGAGGUGUUUCUUGGAGUAUUUUAAAGGGGAGGGAGCUUCAGGUAGGGAACAGAGUGAGGGGUUGGAGAAGGGGCCCUUUUGGUGCUCCUGUGUGUUUCUUUUCACCAGUAACUUUACCAUUAAAAAGAAAUUGUCUUUUAACGGAUUCAAAAUUAAAACACAAAUAAUGGUUUCCCGACCUGGUAAAGGAAUGUGGCUAUGAAACCUUUCCGUGGAAUGGUGAAUCCAGAUGAAACUGAUGGUUCCAAGUGAAACUGGUUUGGUUUAACUUUUGCCAAUGUUCCAAAUACUGUUCCAAAUAUGCCAUGGUAAGAUGUGUUACCUGUCAUGUGGGUUCUAUGCUCCAAUCCUUCCUCCAGAUGUUUGGACCCAGGAAUGACCUCCUGGGACAUCUUCAAAGGGACGGUUUCUGAGAGCUCUAGGCUUAUCUGGACUCAACUGUGUAGGUGGGAAAUGGGGCCGAUGUUUACCAGGUAAAACUACCUUUCACUUUGGGCAUCUGUAAGGCUGGAUGUGGGUUGAGAUCUAUUUGAAAUCAUUUUUGGUAGCUCUUCUGCCUGUAGACCUUAAUGAUUUUGCUAUGGAGGUAUUGAUUCCUGGUGGAAGUCUGAAUUGGGAAGUUACAAUC